AUGAGGAGGCAAGGAGAAGGAGGCAAGGAGAAGGAGGCAAGGAGAAGGAGGCAAGGAGAAGGAGGCAAGGAGAAGGAGGCAAGGAGAAGGAGGCAAGGAGAAGGAGGCAAGGAGAAGGAGGCAAGGAGAAGGAGGCAAGGAGAAGGAGGCAAGGAGAAGGAGGCAAGGAGAAGGAGGCAAGGAGAAGAAGGCAAGGAGAAGAAGGCAAGGAGAAGAAGGCAAGGAGAAGAAGGCAAGGAGAAGAAGGCAAGGAGAAGAAGGCAAGGAGAAGAAGGCAAGGAGAAGAAGGCAAGGAGAAGAAGGCAAGGAGAAGAAGGCAAGGAGAAGAAGGCAAGGAGAAGAAGGCAAGGAGAAGAAGGCAAGGAGAAGAAGGCAAGGAGAAGAAGGCAAGGAGAAGAAGGCAAGGAGAAGAAGGCAAGGAGAAGAAGGCAAGGAGAAGAAGGCAAGGAGAAGAAGGCAAGGAGAAGAAGGCAAGGAGAAGAAGGCAAGGAGAAGAAGGCAAGGAGAAGAAGGCAAGGAGAAGAAGGCAAGGAGAAGAAGGCAAGGAGAAGAAGGCAAGGAGAAGAAGGCAAGGAGAAGAAGGCAAGGAGAAGAAGGCAAGGAGAAGAAGGCAAGGAGAAGAAGGCAAGGAGAAGAAGGCAAGGAGAAGAAGGCAAGGAGAAGAAGGCAAGGAGAAGAAGGCAAGGAGAAGAAGGCAAGGAGAAGAAGGCAAGGAGAAGAAGGCAAGGAGAAGAAGGCAAGGAGAAGAAGGCAAGGAGAAGAAGGCAAGGAGAAGAAGGCAAGGAGAAGAAGGCAAGGAGAAGAAGGCAAGGAGAAGAAGGCAAGGAGAAGAAGGCAAGGAGAAGAAGGCAAGGAGAAGAAGGCAAGGAGAAGAAGGCAAGGAGAAGAAGGCAAGGAGAAGAAGGCAAGGAGAAGAAGGCAAGGAGAAGAAGGCAAGGAGAAGAAGGCAAGGAGAAGAAGGCAAGGAGAAGAAGGCAAGGAGAAGAAGGCAAUGAGAAGAAGGCAAUGAGAAGGCAAGGAGAAGAAGGCAAUGAGAAGGCAAGGAGAAGAAGGCAAUGA